AGAGGGGUUCUGUAGCAGGCGGGCAGCUGUGGCUGCAAACAAUCUGGGGUCUUACACUGGGGGCUGCAGCUUUUCCCCCUCUGGGAGUGAGCGCACUGGGCGAGAGAAGAGCCGUGGGGGGAGCCGGCUGGGCCCGGGGCUGCGGUUGCGGCCGUUGGGCUGCAGCUCCCCAGCCCAACUGUCAGCGUGCUUGGAGGUACUGGAAAGGUCUUGGCAGGGUGGCUGGACCCUUAGCAGACUCAAAUCCAGGCCAACUGUAUGGUUGUCUGAGGUGUUGGAACAGAAGGAGGUGCAUUCCUGUUGGCGACAGCCCUGUGGCCCUGUUCUGGAAUGAGCCAGGUCUAAAAGGAGCUGUGAAAUCAGCUGCACCUGAAAAUGUCUGACAGCUUGGAGAACGAAGAAAAACCCCCAGCUCCCCCACUGAGGAUGAACAGCAACAACCGUGAUUCUUCAGCACUCAACCACAGCACCAAACCACUCCCCAUGGCCCCCGAAGAGAAGAAUAAGAAAGCCAGGCUUCGCUCUAUCUUCCCAGGAGGAGGGGAUAAAACCAAUAAGAAGAAAGAGAAAGAACGCCCAGAGAUCUCUCUUCCUUCAGACUUUGAACAUACGAUUCAUGUGGGGUUUGAUGCAGUCACCGGGGAAUUCACUAACUCCCCUUUCCAGACCUCUAGACCUGUGACGGUCGCUUCAAGUCAAUCAGAGGGAAAAAUGCCAGAUCUCUAUGGCUCACAGAUGUGCCCAGGGAAGCUCCCAGAGGGAAUUCCUGAGCAAUGGGCACGAUUACUCCAAACCUCCAACAUAACAAAACUGGAACAGAAGAAGAACCCACAAGCUGUUCUUGAUGUCCUCAAGUUCUAUGACUCCAAAGAAACUGUCAACAACCAGAAAUACAUGAGCUUUACUUCAGGAGAUAAAAGUGCCCAUGGAUAUAUAGCAGCACAUCAGUCGAAUACAAAAACAGCUUCUGAGCCUCCUUUGGCUCCCCCUGUAUCUGAAGAAGAGGAUGAAGAAGAGGAAGAGGAAGAAGAUGACAAUGAGCCCCCACCUGUCAUCGCACCAAGACCAGAGCAUACAAAAUCAAUCUAUACUCGUUCUGUGGUUGAGUCCAUUGCUUCACCAGCAGCACAAAAUAAAGAAGUCACCCCGCCUUCUGCUGAGAAUGCCAAUUCCAGUACUUUGUACAGGAAUACAGAUCGGCAAAGGAAAAAAUCGAAGAUGACAGACGAGGAGAUCCUAGAGAAGCUAAGAAGCAUUGUGAGUGUUGGGGACCCAAAGAAAAAAUAUACAAGAUUUGAAAAAAUUGGUCAAGGGGCAUCAGGUACUGUUUAUACGGCCCUAGACAUUGCAACAGGACAAGAGGUGGCCAUAAAGCAAAUGAACCUUCAACAGCAACCCAAAAAGGAAUUAAUUAUUAAUGAAAUUCUUGUCAUGAGGGAAAAUAAGAACCCAAAUAUUGUUAAUUAUUUAGAUAGCUACUUAGUGGGUGAUGAGCUGUGGGUAGUCAUGGAGUACUUGGCUGGCGGCUCUUUAACUGAUGUGGUCACAGAAACCUGUAUGGAUGAAGGACAGAUAGCAGCUGUCUGUAGAGAGUGCCUCCAAGCUUUGGAUUUCUUGCACUCAAACCAAGUGAUCCAUAGAGACAUAAAGAGCGACAAUAUUCUCCUUGGGAUGGAUGGUUCUGUCAAACUGACUGAUUUUGGGUUCUGUGCUCAAAUCACUCCUGAGCAAAGUAAACGAAGCACUAUGGUGGGAACUCCCUACUGGAUGGCACCUGAGGUGGUAACUCGGAAAGCUUAUGGUCCAAAAGUUGAUAUCUGGUCUCUGGGGAUCAUGGCCAUUGAAAUGGUGGAAGGUGAACCUCCUUACCUUAAUGAAAACCCACUCAGGGCCUUAUAUCUGAUAGCAACUAAUGGAACCCCAGAACUCCAGAAUCCCGAGAGACUGUCAGCUGUAUUCCGUGACUUCUUAAAUCGCUGUCUCGAGAUGGAUGUGGAUAGACGAGGAUCUGCCAAGGAACUUUUGCAGCAUCCAUUUUUAAAAUUAGCCAAGCCUCUCUCCAGCCUCACUCCUCUGAUUAUCGCUGCAAAGGAAGCAAUUAAGAACAGUAGCCGUUAGAACUGCGAGCCUUAGCCCUCACCGUCUCCCUGAUGAGUAAGACUGAACUAAGAUUCUGCUGCAGGAAACACGGAAGAAAAGACAGUCAAAUGGGGUGGGGGUUCUUUAACUUUCAAGUAAAUAGAAACUUCUUAUAAGCCUUUUUCCUACUCUCUCAGACUAUGUAAUUUAUUUGUAAUCCUGAACUGCUGCCCACACAGGGCAGCAAUGUUGAAGUGGCCCUUAAGUGGCCACUUCCCACCGUGAAGCAAAAGAGCCAGUAGUGAACUCCCUCAUUUUGUGCAUUUACUUUGAAGAAAAAGAUUUCUCAAAGAUGCACACUCCCUCUUCAUAGUGUCGUCUUUGUUUUUAAGUUAGACAGUAGUCCCUCUUACAUUCGAACCUCUUUCAAAACUCCUUACCCAAUGUGAUGUUUUUUCACUUGCAUUGUCAUUAGAUGUUCAGAAGAAAUAAAAGAUGUCAACAUUUUUUUUAAAAAAAUAAAGAAAAGAAAAAAAAAGCAAAAACAAAACAAAACCAAACAAAAAUGAAAAAAAAUCGAACAAAGGCUGUGUGAAGCUGUGGACGUCCAUGUCCUAAUAGAGUCGCAAUUUUUUAUUAUUCUUCUGUAGUGGUGGCUUGGUUUGUGUACCUAUUUUUCUGCAUUUGUAUUGGAAAAGGUUUCCUUUAAGACAUUUUCCAAAAGUGGAGAAGAAUCUGAGUGUUCGGGAUGAGCUUGUAAAAAUUGUGUCUAAGCAGAGCUCUACUUGUGAGAUCCUGUCACAUUUUACCAGGAUGCUUCUAGUAGUGGAAUUGUUGUGUAAAGCAGUUUGUUGGCCUGUGAUAACAGAAAAGUGACACACCCUGAAACUGUGGCAGUACUUCUGGGUGAGUCCAGGUCCGAAACCUAGGAUAUCCAGAUAGGGGAAACCUUACUUACACAAAGAUGGAACUUUCUCUGAGAGCCAAAAGGAAAACGCAGAAUUCCUUUGACAAUAAGUAAACAAAGAUAAUAGUGAAUUUAAUCCUCUCUUGUGCUCCUGUAACAUAAGCAUUGUACAAUAAGCACACUGUGAGGAAAUAGAUCCAUUAGUCAACAUUCGUCAUGAUAAAAAUUAUUCAUUUUGACAAUGUGUAACACUUAAGAAUUUUUUAAAAUCAAGAGAUUGGAGAUACAAUAUUCAUCUCUGUAAGAAACGGGAAGUUGGUGAAAGCUACUUCCCAGUCACCACACCUCGAAAUACUUGCUGUUUCCCCUCUGUAUCUCCAAUCUCUUUGUCGGGAUAUGGUGUGUUCUAUUUAGUUACUUGGGCUUUUGUCCUUUUAAAGCCUGUUCAUAAAGAUGUUAAAAGCUCACCAAGACAAUUAUUUUGAUCUGUAUUUGUAUCUCUGAAGAACUAUCAGUCCAAUGGAAUUCCUUUUGUGGCUUGAGGAAAGAUCUUAAAGUCUACUUUAUUUCAUUAUAUGUAUAUACACAUAUAUUUAUUAAAAUUUGUAAGUUGAUAUUUUUAAUCUUCUGGGAGUAGAACAACAUCUGGAAGGUGUCUACAUAGAAAAGGAUAUGCUUCUCUUCUGAGUGUAUAGUCAAUUUCAUGAAUUCGAGAAAUUUUGUUUCACUAGGCCUUUGAAAAGCCAGCAACUUAUGCUAUACAGCAUUUCUUCAUUUGUAGAGAUAGAGAAUCUGAAUAGAGUUUAUCUACAUUCAACAAGAGGGGAAAGAGCUCAAUGGCAUAUGCCUUUCUCCUCUGUGAGGUACAUCUGCCCAUUUAACCAUCCAUCCAUCCAUUCCUUUAAAUGAAAGCACUGUCUCUAGAGUUUCUGCUGACCAUGUAGUGCAUAUGUUUAUGUUGAGAAGAUACCACUGGUGGAUUUCCUAUUUUCCUACGUUAUAAAAUUAGGGUGGGGUUUGACCCUCCCCUGAAAAUAUUUACCAUGAAAUAAAAGACAAAUAUGAAAAGAAAAUUAAAUGAUUAUAUUAAUUUCCUGUUUAUUUUGCAAAGAGGUAUCUGAACCUAAAAUAUUUAAAUGUCACACCUCUCUAGUGAGAGAAAAAGAACCUUAAUUUUUACUUUACCUUACUUUAAAUUAAGGAUUUUUUUUCCCACUUGUAAUGCCAGGGAAUUCCACAAGAUACCUGGGAUGCAAAUACAGUUCAAUUGAUGGCUAUGCUCUGCUAAUAGAGCCCAAACCCUGGUUGGGAAGUCCAAGACAUCAAUUAACAUCCUUUGCAUGUUGUAAAGGCCUUUGUUGUUGUUGCUGUUACUGAUUAUUAUUGUUGUUGUUGUUGUUAUUUUAAAAACCCUGGAGCAGUGAUCCUUCAGAUCACUGUCGGCAGAGAAAUGGCUGCUCUUUAUGCUCUCUGUUUAGCAUAUUAGCAGGGAGGGGCUAGGUACCUAUUUACCAUCACUUUGUACAAAGAUUUAACAAUAUGUUCCAGUAGACAUUACUUGUACAAAAUUAUAUCUAUGUACAUGUUCUAAUUAGAGCAGUCUCUAAAGUCUCUUCCCUGUGUUGACAAGUUACAUAUAUUUCUAGUAAGUAUUAGAGAGGAACUGCUUCUCAUGCCAAAAUGAUGCUGAAGGGUCCAUAUUUGGGAUACUUGAACAACUAGACCUCCAGAUGGUUAAUAGUUGAGUCCCUUUCCUUUAUUUUGUUUUGAGCUCAUUUUAAUCCAGGUGAGUCUAUCCAGUUCUUUAACGUUGCCAGUGUGCCCUGAGACAUUUGUGGGCACAUUUUUGAAUGUUGAUUCAAAAGUCCUGAGAUAGGAAUAGGGCAGUGGGAAAGUCAGGGAAGGGUGAGAAGCACAGUAAAGAUUAUUUAUUUAAGAAAGAAUAGAACAUUAAUAUUGUAGCAAGGAUCUGGUUCGUUGUCAUAAUCCCAUGAAGAUUUGGGGAUGACACAAUCCCUCUAAAUCAGUCACCAUUUUGGGAAAUGACUUCGUUCUUGAUGAUCUUGUCUAUGUGUCCUUGUAAAUAUUUGUGCGUCCAUACUCCAUUUUGGCUACUGGAUGGCCAAGUCACAUGAAAAGAUUUAAAUCAAGUAUUUAUUCUUUAAUUGUGUUAUUCAGGUUUCUUUCAGGCUUGUGAAUUGCACCUACAGUGUUUCAGUUUAACCAUCUAAUCCUCACGUCUAUCUCUCUUGUGAAGCACAUUCCAUUGCUAAAAAAAAAAAAGAAAUAUAGAUUGCUUCCUGUUUUCUGUAUAUCUGUUUUUGAUAUUUUGAGAUGUUUGUCAAUAAUGGAUAUUUCUCACCUCAAAGAUUGUGUAAAUAUAUUAAUUUCCUCAAUGGGUCAUCUAUUUCUAAUGAGGCUGCCAGUUCUCAGAGAGAGUCUAUGAAAUCACUUUCAAAUAACACAAACAGACAUUACACCUAUGUAAAAAGAGGUGUGCAUAUGGAUAAAGUCUGGGAACACAGAUAAUUGAAAUUGGUUGUGUUAGGGUGGUGGGAUUACGUGAAAACUUUUCUUUCAGAAACUUACUUUCUUUGAUAUUAUUAUAUUAUUAAUUUAAAAAAUAAACAACAGAAAGAGAACUAUAGAAACAUAGAAGAGAUGCCAGGAGCAAAUGCCUUCUGGCCAGAGCCCAGAGCAUGCAGGGCACAGAUAUUUCCUAGUUACAAUUAUUCUGUAGGCUUUAUACUUGCCUAGGUACUGAGGUUGGCACAUGCUCAGGUAUGGCACAUGCUUUCUUAUGAGACUAUUAUCUAAGUCAAAGCUAAGGAGAUGUCACUGCUAGAACUCCAAAUGUAUUCUGCUAUAAAUCAAGCUUUCUUCAGCUUUGGUAUGGCAUCCAGGUGUCUAUUUUGUUUGCCUUAGAUUGAAGAGCUGACAACUUGAUUAGCCCCUUUGAUAAUAUUUGUUUCCGGUGACUCCUUUCUCGAUUGUCUUAAAAGAUUUUCAAAGUCAAUUUUUGAAGAACAGAGGAUAAAAUAGCUAGUUCCCACAAUUUUCUUGCAUAACAAGACCUAAAGUUCUUUUUUAAUGGCCAUAGGCAAAUCCCAUUGGUUUCAAUAGAAAUUACCAUAUACAAUUAAACCUAACUCCAAGUUUCUUAAGAGAAAUAGGAUUGCCUGUCAGCAUUCAGUUCCAGUCCUGUUAGUUUUGGCUUGAGGUGGUCUCCUUGUUCUCUUGUGCUGCAGAAUUAUAGCUUGUACUUAGCAAUUGUGGUUUUGUCAGAGAAAGAGAGACCAACCAUCAAAAGAGAAGAAAUUCCUUCUAACUCACCAAAGAAAUUUAGGUGAGAACUUUAUUAAUGUAUGUCAUACUGUGGUAAUCAAAAGCAGGCCCAACCCCCAGAAUCUCAUAGACUUUUACUUAGUUAUUCACAGUAUGUCUGGAAGUCGUAACCUUGCUAUUCUGGUUGAAUCUCAUCCUUUUCUGAGCUUAUUGCAGUUAAUAUUCACUUAAACAAAUGAAGGGUGUGUGGUAUAAACAUCUCCCAGUCUUGGAAGAAGAAGCCUGAAAUUCAGCAUUUGUAAACCGACAGUCUAAUGGGGCCUGGGAUUUGGAAUAACCUUAACACACAAUACUGAACAUAUAUUUGCAUGUGGAUUGGAAAGGGAAUAAAUAGGACCUUGGAAAUAAGGGAAAUGUUUCUCUUAUGAAAGAGUUUUUUCAUAAAAGACAUUUUUUACUCUAGUGUUUGGUUGUUUAGCUUUUAGUUUUAUCAUUGCUUUUCUGCUUCACACUCCUUUAGUGAUCAAAUAUAUUGAACCCAACUUCUCAUGCCUGGGAAUGUCUGUUUAUCAUUAAACAGUAUCUAACUGAAUCUGCAAAUGUGGGAAUCGAGAUGUCAUCAUGUGCACACCUCUGACUAGAAAUACACUAUCAACUUGUAGCAUGUACUGCCACUUAAUAUCAUUGAACUUGAAAGGUGAACUUACAGAGUCUAACGAGUGCCAUCAGCGUCUCCACGGAAAGCUGCCAUCGGGUGAAUGCUGUCCUGUAAUACCAACAGCAUGGCUAGGAAUGUGGUCACCUGAUUCAGAACCAAGGAAAGGAUUGACAGCAAUGCUAGAAAAUGAGUUAGAUGUAGUAGAAGGAGCCCUGCUCAGGAAAGAGACAUAGAUGUUGACAUGGGCGUUCUGCCUAACUUGCUCUGUGACCUCGAGCAAAUCACAUAGCUUUCUAUUUACUCAUCUAUAAAAUAAAGGUGUUGAAUUAACUGCUCUUCAAGGUCUUUCCAAAAGCUCUGACAUUGUGUGGGGUAAUAGUUUGCCUUGCAAAUUUAGCCUGCCAAGGCGAUGGCAAAUAUCACAAGCUUAAGCCUGGAUCUCUUAUGUUGCAGUUACAUAGAACUAUGUGAGAUGGAAAAACUCAAGUAAAUGAAGUUAACAGCACCAGAGAAUGCUGAUCAAACUCAUGGAAACCUUCCAACUUCUUCACAAUAGUUUUGUUUUUAUUUUAUUGUGUUUUUUUCCACUGGAUGUUCCCAGUUUUCAUUUUCUAUACACUGUAUGUAAAGUCUGGUUUCCAUUAAACUGUGGCUAGAAUUUGCUACUAGAACAGAAAUUCACUGUCACAUUUCAUAGAAUAAAACUGUACUUGGGCCUCUCUUUUCCUAUGAAAGAGUGAUGGGCCUGAGAGCAUUGAAGUAGAAAUGGCACAGGAUGGCAGAACCCAAGCAUUUUAAUGGCUAAGACCACAGACUGGACCUAUGUACUUACAAGUUGCAAAAGUAGCAACAAAAAGGCAAUUGUGUGCUUUUAGCUAACAAAUUAACUAUUGGGAUUAAAUAAAACAUUUCUCCUGAAAACGCCCACAGAAAUUGUCUAGUUGUAUGAGCAUGCUAUUGAGAAGAAGAUAAACUAGAAGUUAGUUUGGUGGAUGAUCCCUACUGUCUGCCUACAGCAGAGUGCCAACCAGCCCUGGGUGUGAAAUUCAAGUUCAAUGUGUGUGCUUGUGUGUGGUGUGCUUUUUGGACCCGCAUAUACUAUCUUCAUUAGUGAUGGUAAUAUCUUUCACCAUUAAUGGCUUGAGUUUAUAAAUCUCAGUACUUCUGCAGUAGGAGCCAGAUCACAUGGAUACUGAUGUCUACUGGGUUUGAACUCAUAACAUCCAAAUAAAAUAAAUUGAGGAGAAUCUUCAUUUUCACUGUUUAUCGGAGUUGUAUCUCAUUUGGCUGUGCAUUAAUUUUGUCAAAAUGUGUUAUUUGUAAGCCCAUGUGUAGUGAAAUUCUUCUGUAAUUUUGGAUUAGCGGUAUUUAUGGUCUUACGUUUGUUUGAUUUUGAAAUUAUUUCUUUUGUAGACUUGCUGAUGGUAUGACUCCAUCUGUCUGCCCUCAGCAACAGAUCUCUUUGAGGAUUUUAAUUUUUAAUAUUUUAUUUUAAAUUGUGGUUGAAGCAAUAGAAAUUUGAAAUAUGGAUUGUGCAUGACUGUGUCUUGAGUGUAAAAAUAUUGCAGUUUGAAACUUGGACCUAAAGUAUUGCAAAUAAAAUGACAAA